GGCCCCUAUAAAUAAACACGAGCCCUACGUCCCGUUUCUCUCCUUAAAAACCCUAGUAAUCUUGCGCCUCUCUUUAGUGGAAAGCAGCCUCCUUUGUUCUUCUUCUCCGUCGCCCCACUCGAGUCUACGAAUAUGAAGGUGAUAGCAGCUUUUUUGCUCGCUCUGUUAGGUGGCAACCCCAGCCCAACAGCCGAUGAUUUGAAGACUAUUCUCGGUUCAGUUGGAGCCGAGGCUGAUGAGGACAUGAUUAAGUUGUUGUUGGAUCAAGUCAAGGGAAAAGAUCCAUUAGAACUAAUUGCUUCUGGUAGAGAAAAGUUGGCCUCAGUGCCUUCUGGUGGCGGCGGUGGUGUUGCUGUUGCAGCAGCUCCUGCUUCUGGAGGUGGUGCUGCGGCUGCUGCUCCAGCUGAAGAAGCGCCUAAGAAAGAAGAGAAGGUUGAAGAGUCUGAUGAUGAUAUGGGUUUCAGCCUUUUUGAUUAAGAGGAUGAUUCUUGGUUCAUAAGAGUGCGUCUUGUUUUGUUUAUGUUGUUUUUCUAUGUUUAAGGAUUAUGUAGUGGGAUACCUAGAUAUUGAGGUUUUGUAACUUUUGGUGGACAAAUUUGUCAAAUUAUGUCU